AUGGCUGAUCUCAGAAAUGCCGAGUAUACCCUGUACUCGUCUCCUUUCUCCUUGUAUUCUAUGAUGGCCCGCCAUACCGUCCAGCUCGGCCCACUAACUGAUCAUACGACACCACCCCGCAACAUCGACUUGAGCUUCAUAAACCAUGGCAAAAACGACAACCUCAAAGAGGAAUAUCUCGGGAUUAAUCCGAAAGGACAGAUCCCUUCUCUGGUGGGCAAUGCCCUGAAGGAGCCUCUGACCGAUAGUAUUUCUAUCUCGCUCUACUUGGCGGAGAAGCACUACCCGGCGUUAUUGCCCACAGCGCAGGCUGCUAUCAUAAAGCAGCUUCUGGAGAGGAUUCAUCAGGUCAAUGGCCCAUCCAUCAACAACAAGAAGGCGAGCCCCGAGAUGCAAAAGUACAACCCUUCACCCGCUGCGGAGAUGCUCAAACGGACCGACAUCAGUCCCGAGUAUCGUAAGGCCCUCGAAUUCAAGCUCAGAUUCCAUGAUAAGACAAAUGCCGUAGCGUUCCAGCCGGAGAAGGUUGCUCAGUCUCUCGCCGACCUGCGGGCAAUCCUAGCCGAGAUUACAGACCACGGCAAGCAAAGUGGUGCUUUUGGGGAUAAGGUAGAAUGGAUCUUUGGCGCUCAAGUCGGCCCGACGGUGCUCGACAGCCAUCUGCUCCCGCUCUUGCUGCGCAUGCUUGAGGUCGGAAAUGCCCAUGUUGUCCCUCCAGAGCUGCAGCGCUGGGCCAAGGACAGAUCCAAUAGCCCUUCCUGGCAAAUGGUGAUGCAUGGCAGGCCGACAAGAUACGAUCCUUCCAUGGGGCCACUGGAAGACAUGACGGAUAUGUUGACUCUAUGA